AUGGCAGACGAGACUGUGCACAUGGUAGAGAUUGGUUCAAAUAAUUCGAAAAUGAAAGAUGUGAAUAAAAUGGAUUGUACAAUCUUUGAUUAUUUUACUAAACUCAGAAACGAAGUAGAAUCUGAAAGAAUACAGGGUGGGAUUAUUUUGUUAAAAUAUUUAAUUCAACAAAAUUCAGAACACAAUGAGAGUCAAGAAUUUAAGUAUGCCAUGAAAAGGUUGAUUCGGAGCUUAGGCUCUUCGAAAACGACUUCACGUAUAGGUUUUUAUACAACUUUGACAGUCUUUUUAACUACGAAUUCUGGAAUGUCUGUAGAAAAUUUUUUAUCUUUAAUAGACAAUGAGUUACAUCCAGUAAACAGCAACAGUAAAAGCGAAAAUGGUGAUAUUUAUAUGGGACGUAUAUUAGCAUAUGGAGCUUUAAUAAGAUCUAAAAUACUUUCAAAGAAUAUUGAUAUAAUACAGCAACAAAUUAUUCAAGAUCUUAUCAAUGCAGGCAAACAACGCAGUUAUUUAUCAUUUGUUUCUAUCUCAUUUCUUAUUGAAUUCAUAAAUCAAGUUGAUACUGAAUGUAUUAAAAAAUUAAUUUGGCCAAUUGUUGAGAAAGAAUUUGGCAAACCAUGGGCACAACAAACAUUAGAUUCAUUUUAUGCUUUGUUAGUAAUAAAAAAUAAGUGUCCGUUACUUGUAAAUAAUGAAUUUUCAAAGAAACAUUUUGGUACAAACGAUAUUAUCACUAAGGAAUCUAUGAAUGAUAUAGUGAAAGUAUUACUGGAUAUACCCAGAAUUGUAUCAUGUCAUCAUCCAAUAUUUAAGUUGUUUUGUGAGAAUUUAAUGUCAACUGAACUUACUGUAAUUUUUUGGACUCAUAUAGAUCAGAAAUUUGCAAAGCCAUCUAAAACUGAUGAAUAUGUAGCUUUACAAAUUCUGAAAUUUAUAUUAUCAAAUAUUAUAGAUAAAUCUAUGCUCCCAAUGUUAUUAUCGCCUAAUUAUAUGCAACAUAUGUUAAAAAAAUGUUCUGGAUCUAAACAUCAUAACAAAGAUGAAGUACUUCUUGGAUUUAAAGAAGUUUUAAAUUUACUAACAUCUGUUACAAACAGUGAUGAUACUAAAAUGAAAAUACAAAUUGCUGUAUUAAAGAAAUUAAUACUGUAUCCGGGUGAUUUAAUGAUUGAAAAAAAGACAGGUACAAAAAUAAUUCAAAUGUUUACUGGAAACUUGAAUUUAGAUGGUAUAAAGAAAGUAUCAAAAAUAUACAGAGGUAUAAUGGAAAAUACAAUACCUCGAGACAAAUCAAAUGAUAAAGCAAAAUCUUUUUGGACAAAUACAGAAAGAAUUUAUGCUGCUCAUUUAUUAACAAGAUUAAUAGGACAUUCUAAAACGUUUGUGGAUAGAGAAUGGAGGUUGGAUCAGUUGAAAUUUUUAUUUGCUUAUGGAUUAUGUGAAAUGCCAAAUGUUGGAUUUAAGGAAACAUUCUAUCAUGCACUAGAUCAUAAAUUACCAAAGUUGAGUGAUCUACGAAAUAUAUUAAGUGAUUUAGUUCAUUUUGUAAAUAUCUGUUUGAAAGAACAAAUGUUGAAAUUAAGAAAUCCAUUAAUAAAUGAAGAAAAAGAUUCUUGGGACAAAAUGAUAUGUUUGAUUAAAAAUUUAGAAAAUAAUUCAAAGAAGACAGAAGCUGUACCAAUAUUUCAUACAAUGAAUCUACAUAUGGGUUUACAAUUAUUUUCAGACCCACAAAUGGCAGUUAUGGCUAUUAAUGAAUUACAAAGUUGUUAUGAAAGAGUAAUAAAACAAUCUAAAAAACAUAAAACUAUUAAUAAAAAAAAGCCAGAUGAUGAGCCAGAAUGGGUAGAAGUAGUUGUUGAUUUAUUAUUAUCUUUUUAUUCUAAAAACAGUCAUUUAUUACGAUCAUUAGUAGGAUGUGUUUUUCCACAUAUUUGUCCCUAUGUCACGCCAACAGCUAUACAUCAAAUAUUAGCGGUAUUAAAUGUGAGAAAUGAGACAGGACUACUUGUAACAAGAAAUGGUCUUGACAGCGAAGAAAUUUCAUCAGAUGCAGAAUCAAAUUAUAUUAGUGAAGAUGAUGAUGAAAGUGAUGAAGAAAACGCUAAUGGCGAAAUGGAGAGUUCGUCGGAGUCGAAUGACUCUGAUUCGAAUGAAGAAUUAUUAGAUGAAAAUGAAGAUGAGACACUAACUGAUAGACUACGAAUGGCAGUAAGUCAAGCAUUAGGUGAUGUUUCCAUCCAAACAGACGAUGAUGAUAUAAAUGUAGAUAACAUUGGCGAAGAAGAAGGAAAGCGAUUAGAUGAAUCAUUAGCGGCAGCGUUUAGACUUCUUCGAGAAAAUCGUCAAUCGCGAUCCAAAAAACAAGAAAAAUCAGCCCAAGCUUUAACUCAUUUCAGAAUUCGAGUUAUAGAUUUACUAGAGAUUUAUUUAGAUUGUGCUCCAUCAAUGGUAAUUGUACUUGAUAUUGUACUUCCCCUUUUUACAUUAUUGGAAUAUUGCAUAAAAGAUCCGCAUCAAAAGUCUCUUCAAGAUCGGGUUCGAUCUUGUUUAAAAAAGUUAUCAACAAUAAAAAAAUUUAGAGAUACAGAAAAUAUCAACGAAGAAUUAUUAAUAGUAAUAUUAAAGGCUUUAAUAGAAAAAGGAGAAAGAACUACCUCUGUUUAUCAUGAAAUAAGUGAUAAGUUAGCGGAAUGCUGUACAUUCCUGGUGAAAUGUACACAGCAGGCUAAUGUGUCGACAGAUAAAAUAACUAAAAUUUAUGGAGAAAAUUUAACGUCCUUCUUCAAAAAAAGAGAUUGUGUACUAUCUCCUUUGUUGUUUAAAAGCAUUUUACAAUUACAAUGGGAGGGUAAUUGGCAACUAGCUCCUUUAUUAGUAGACUUUGCUUUUGAUAGUACUGUAAGGUCUUUUCGUCGAGGAUAUGCACUUGAAUUUUUAACGAUAUUUUAUAAUAAUAGUCGAUUAAUUAAUUUAAAUACAGAACAUUCUAGUAUAAGAAUGAAAUUAGAGAAAAAGUUAUGCAGAAAUACCAUAAGUACACUUCAAGAAAUAAUUAAUACGCACAAAAAUAAACAAGCUGUUACAGCUAAUGGUACUGAAAUAGGAAAAGAGAUUAGACAAAGGUAUAUUUAUCUUUUAUUGAUAUUGUUACGAAGUAUUUAUACUCGUCAUUUACAACAAGCAUGGAAUUGGAAUGAUAUUGGGAAAGUACUUGCAACGUAUAGAACUCGUGCAUCACUUGGUAAAGAUACAAAAGUAGCAUAUAAUAGGUUAGCAGUACAAAUUGGAAUUCCACUGAACAUAUCACAAAAAAAAGUUAAAAAUAAACAAAAUACUACGACAAAUGGGGAGAUAAAAGAUGUGACAAAUAACGUAGAACAAUUAAAUAAUACACAAGAAAAUGGAAGUGCAGAAAACGAAACGGAUGCUAUUACAUCAAGUAAAAAUGAAUCCAAAAAGAAAAAAAAUAAAAGUAAACAGAGAGAUAAGCAAUUAUUAAAAAAGGAAGCUCGGAUGUUACGUGAAAAAGUAAUGUCUGAAGGUUUUGAACCUUUUAAUUUUAGUUCUCUUGUCUUUCGCGAUCAGUCAGAUAAAAAGUCAUCACCUCUUGAGAAUGGAAAUUCUCAAAUUGAACAGACCAGUUCUAAUUGUUCACAAAAGAGGACGUCCAAAAGUAUAUUAGACGGCAAUAAAGCGAAAAGAAGAAAAAGCAUGGAAACUGCUUGAUACAUGAAAGGAAAAUAAAUUAUUAUUUUUGUAUAAGCAUUUAUGAAAAUAUGUAUCAAAGAGAUUUUUUGUACAGCUUUAAAAUAUAUAAUAGAUAAACCUCUUGUGUAAACUAUUAAUAUUACAUCAAUAAAUAAAUUUCUUAUACA